UGAUGAUGAACAAAUGAAAUAGUUUUUUUUUUCUUCUUCAUCUUGAAGCAAGCGUUUCUUUCUGUGGUCUGAAAACGAUUGAAAAGAAAACAAGAAUCGAAUCGAUCGGGAGGAAAGGAAAGGAACCCAGUUUCCUCCCUCCUUUCGAUUUCUCAUGGAUACGCAAACUUCUUGGGAUUCCUUGCGAAAACAGGGAGUGUUCAAUUCAGAACCAAGAACUGCAUAAUCUACUUGUACGUGGUGCUUUGAAUGUGAUACGAUAGACAAUUACGCCACAUUUUCUCUCUUCCCAACUAGCAAUUUUACUCCCCACGCUUUUCGAAAGGCAAGGAAUCUCGAAGCAGAGUUGGAUGAUCAAAUGCAUAUGUAUCGUAAACUAGUAUCUACAAAAGUCGAUGAUGGUAACGACGGUAAUCUUGGGUCCAACAUAGAACAGCUACUUAAACGGCUACAUCAAGUAAUUUCACAAAUGCAAGCUUGGGUGUCAUCUGGUGGGUCCGAAAUAUUUUCUCACACGUUAACUCGUCAUCAGGAAAUUCAUCAUGAUCUUACUCAGGAGUUCAAUCGACUUCGUUCUAGCCUUAGAGCUAAAAGAGAGCAUGCAUCACUGCUAGAAGAUUUCAGGGAGUUUGACAGAGCGAGAUCAGAUAUAGAAGAGGGCAGAGGGUCCCACGAGCAGUCUCUUCUUAAGGAGCGUGCCACUCUCAUGAGAAAUACGGGACAGAUGGACGGUGUGAUAUCACAAGCGCAAGAGACCCUUGGCUCGCUUGUAUUUCAACGCUCGACGUUUAGAGGCGUUAAUUCGAAACUUAGCAACGUUAGCAGCCGCCUUCCAACUGUGAAUAGCAUUAUCUCGGCAAUAAACAAAAAGAAGUCUAUGGACACCAUCAUUCUUUCUCUAGUCGCCUCGGUUUGCACUUUUUUAAUUCUGAUUUACUGGCUGACAAAAUAGCAAUUUGUCAUCGUAGUCUUGUGAUAGCGGCUGCUGCUGCUGCUGCACAAUUUGGGGCUUUGAGGUAUACAUUAUGUCAUCAAUUGAUUGUAAAAAUAAUCUUUUUUUUGCCCAUUCAUGUAUAGAAUCAACAAUUUUUUUUUUUUUUUUUUUGCAAAAUACAAGGUUUGCCUAAGUGGUUUUACAACUCUGCUGGUACUUUUAUAUAUAUUGGAGGGUUCAAAUAAGAAGAAAAUUUUUGUAAGAAUAAAAACGAAUAAAUUGCCAUUUUAGUCCCUGAGGUUUUGACCAAAAUUGCCACUUUAGUCCAAAUAGUUUUUUUCUUGUCAUUUUAGUCCAAAUAGUUUUGUUCUCUGCCAUUUUAGUCUCUGACUUUUAUCAUUUUUUGCCAUUUUCAUCUCCCACCACCACCACCUCCCACCACCCACCCCAUCACAACCUUCUAUCAUCGCCACAACCUGCCUGCACCGUCACCACCCACCCCACCAUCAUCACCACCCAUCAUUUCCACCACCACCGGCCACUUUUCCGCCACCCACGUCAUCAACCAACACCACCGCCAUCAUCGUAAAACCAACAACCACCGCCAUCAUCUUCACUGUAAACCGGCACAACACCAUCCCCAUACCAUCGCACCUGCAAAAAAA